AUGGACACUCAGCCAGCUGGUGAAAGCAGUCCAAGCUCGGAUGGCCGAGGGCGACUGGCGGUCCGGCGGCCAGCUCCAGUGACUGUGCCGCCUCGCAGACAGAGAGAGCAGGCCGCAGAUCAAACCGCGAACCCAGUGGAACAGGUCAUCUCACCUCCGAGCACGGUGAGCGUUGACAGCCCCGACUCACCAGAUAGUAUGGGGCCCGACUCUCCUUCCAGAAUUGUCGUGCGAAACACCUUCAUUGACGUACGUGAUGAAUUCGCAUCAGGCUCCGAUGAGCCUGGCUCCCCGCACCGUGGCAACAGCGCGCCUGCCUCCCCGACACAACGAGCCGAUCCUUGGGACAAUGUGGACCUCGGAGCAGGUCCGGAUGUGCCAUUUGAUGCAGGAUUCCUUGGAAAAGCUCCAGAUCCAGAGGACCUGGAACACUUUGUUCACUUCGGGACAGCGCAGGAUGGGCGCUGGCUCCGAGAUCUCGCGUCGCCGAAGAAGGUCUCGGCUCGACCUCGCAAGACGAAAGGGGCAGCCGCUGAGGCGGAGGGAACCUCUUCUAUGCGUCUCGGUGAUCUGCUGAAACUGGGCAUUCCAGGCCAGCCCGUGGACAGGGAUGAUGGGGAGAAUGAGCUGGAGAAGCAAAUGCAGCAGCUGCGAGCGCAGCAGGACCAGUUGUUGCGCUCCCAACUUCAACCCGUCCUGGAGGGCCAAAUGCAAGCCGAUGUUCCGUGCCUGGGUGGCCUUGGAGUUCCUCCAGCCCCGGCAGUAAGUUCCACUGCCGGAGUUUGGCCAGGAUCUGGCUACAGAGGUGGGCUGCCAGGUCAGCCACUGCUUCCCAACAUGGAGGUGCCUUUGGCAGGAUGUCCUCCGAUGCAUGGUGCUGCAGGAGCACAGCUGGGACGCGAUCUCGACAGUGGAUGCGGUGGCUUUCCUGGGCAGAUGCCAGGCUUUCUGCAGCAAGCAAACACCUUCGUCGGACAGGAUGCGGGAUCGCGAAUUCCUCCACACCAGGACGCCGGAUCACGUGUUCCCCCUCAGCAGGUGCUCUGGUCGCGAGGUCUUGACACUCCGUAUCCUGGAAGCACAGGUGUUGACUGGCGGGCUGGUCAGAAUCUUCCGUUGAAUCUAGCUUCUAGCAACUUUGCGGGCGGCCUCAUGGCAGCGGGAGGCAUGCUGUUGGCACAGGGUAUCUCGUCGCUUCAGCAGCAGCAGUUGCAGCUACAGCAGCAGCAGGAGCAGCUAGAGCGCCUCCGUCAGUCGAUCGACCCGCAGAUGCAGAUGCAGGCCCAAGCCCAGGCCGCAGCAUCCUUCAUGCCCGGAGGGUGCGGCCAAGUCGACCCUCAGCGAGGCAACCGCCAAGUUUCCAUGAAGAAGGGAGGUGGAAGGACCGUGAAUGCUGGCCGAGGCAAACGGAUGAUGGAAGAUGAAGCGCUGAUGGCAGGCCGCAAGCAGAUGUUGGACCAGAACAUGGCAGGAUUCAUGAUGUCUAUGGACCCGCAAGCUGUCGUGCCUGGUGCCAAGGAGAAGGCAAAAGUACCUCUAAGUGGAGGUGGUCCUAAGAGAACGGACUACAUCAAGAAGUUUGGUGGGACGAAUGAGACUGUGGAGGGAAGUUCAGCAACUGCUUCUACACAGCCUAUCACGACAAUGAUGCUGAAGAACAUCCCCUGCCGAAAGAGUCAAGAGGAGGUCAUGCUGACCAUUGAUGAAGAAGGCUUUGGUGGAAGGUACGACUUUUUCUAUUUGCCUCGCGACGUCAAGUUUCGAGCAAACCUCGGGUAUGCCUUCAUCAACUUUAUCACCCCAGAGGAUGCGGCCGACUUUCAGAACAAGAUGGACGGGUACCGUUUUCCAAAUUCAGGCUCUGCGAAGGCCUGCAUUGUGGUACCUGCGCACGUGCAGGGCGCGCUGAACAACCUCCAAGCUUUCAAGAGGACGGAGGUCAUGAGGAGCAACCGCAAGCCGUUCUUCUCAUCUGUCGUGAGCCUCGCAGUGCAAACGCCUCUCGGUCAACAGCACAUGGCAUUGGGAAGUUCUGGGAAGAAGGCUAGGUCCAAGUCCACUCGACACGACCUUCCUGAUGCAGCCGAGGAUCCAGCAAGCUCAGUCAGUGCAUCAGCCACUGCGGCAAGGCAGUUGCAGAGCCUUCGCCGAAAGAACGAUGAGCUCGAAGCAGGCACCAUGCAAAACAACGCCGCGGUGGAGAAGAACGGGAAGUCCCUGCUCUCGCAUGGCGAGGCUUUGCCCAAAGAGCACUCAGAAGAGCACAAAGUCAACAAGCCAAAGGCCAGUCGGCCCUGUUGGUCAACCGAAGAAGUGGCUUGCUCUCUGAGGACAGCCACGAUGCUGGUGAUUGUUCAGAACAUGUGCUUCUUCCUCUUGCUGGUGCCUUCUGCUCUUGGUGAGUGCCAGGAGAAUCGCACCUGCAUGCCGCUGCUGAGCAUGGUUGCUUUGUUCCUCGACGUGACCAUCUUCACUGGACACUUGAUGCUGGGAUAUUUCGAGACGGCAUACAGGAAGGAGUUUCCCAGCAACAACUUCUGGCUGUUGACCGUUGUAUGGUCAAUCUGGAACAUGCUGUCGCACCCUUUUUGGCGAGACAACGUCGUUGAUCUAUUCGUGGUGUGGCCGCAGGAGCUGCACACGAUCUUGAACAUUGCUGCCGUUGUGGUGUGUUCGUUAUCGCAGAUUAUGCCAUCAUGGAGGCAUCUGGCAUGUAUGGUGAUGGGCGAGUUCUUCCUGAGCCUCGCGCUCUCAGCUGCGGAGGUGCUUAGUGCGUUUGUGGAAGCUCUCGAUCCAACGGCACUGGAUUCGCCCACGGUGCGGUUUGACCUAGUGAUUUUCAACAUUGCCAUUUUGAUUAUCGGCUCGACCAUCGUGCUGGGCGCCUUGAACCCUGAGAAGGACAUAAAGAGCGGAGACUCUGAAGCAUUGUCGCUCACGUCUGCUCUUCAUUCCCAGGCCUUCGAGGAUGACCUUGAACGCCGGAAACGAGCUGUGUUGACGGCCCUCUGUGACACGGUGCUGACAACAAACGCCUACUUUGCGAUUUCCGCCAGCAACGAAAGCGCGGACAGGCUCUUCAAGAGGCCGAUGUUGCAUGAGAUUUUCACAGACUACUUGAAGGACAACGCGGAGAAGGCAAAAUUUCUCUCCUCGAUGAAGAAGCAGUUUCCUGAAGAUGAUUCUCUGAGUGACGGUCCAAAGCGGCUGAGGGUCACCAUGCGCGAUGCGCAGGGGAAGCUUUUUGAAACUGACGUAGUGGUGUCGGAUGCCAGCACGGAUCUGAGGACAGGAAAAGCUUCAAAGCUGAUGGCAGGGUCUUUAGCGUGUCGUGUCCAGCACACUUGCGCGACUGGCAGGCGGGUGAUCCGAGUGUACAGCCACAUGUGUUUGGCAGUUAGCUUGUCCGGCUGUGUGAUGCUCGAGCUGGUGCAUGCUUUAGGCCGCGAAGCGUCCGAACCGAUGGAGGGACGCAGGCCCGUGAAUAAGAUUGUGGACUCCCUGAGCUCAGCCUGGAGCCAGAUACGGCUGGCCUUGCGGGCCUGGCAGGCGCGGUUCCGCGCGGAGCCUCGUGAUCUGCAGUCCAUGGGUAUGGCCAUUGAGUCGGUACAGAUGAAUGACCCCUUGAGAUCUCCUCCGCCACAGCUCAAAGGAAUCGAGGAGCAGCAGCGCCUCUUCCAUCGAGACUUCAGCCAGGAGCUGCUCAGCAUCUAUCGAGAUCUACUGCGAAGCGAUACGGUCAAACAGUCAGGUCCAUCACCAUCCGCCAGAUCUUCCAUGGUCUCAAAGUCAGGACCACCGAGGAUACGCUUGCACCGCGCCAACUACGAGGCAGGAUGA